GCCGUCCCCGAGCAGCAGGGCAGGAGCACGGCUGUGGGGCCGGCACGGGGCUGGGAUUUCCGCCCGCGGGAGCGGUGGUUCUGCGCCUCCCGCCCGCCUUCCUCUUUUAUAUUUUUCCUCCUCCUCCUCUGCCGCCGCGCCACUUCCAGGGGAGGUUGGUGUCAUGUGGCUGGCGCCGAGGGAGGGCUGCCCGGGGCCGCAGCGACAGUGAGAGGCGGUGAGAGCAGCCCAAGCGAGCGGAGCUUAGUAUUCUGCGAUGACAGCCAUGAAGGAGCAGCCGGCGCACCCGGGCGGCAGGGGGAACCCGCCGCCGCCGUCGCAGCCCGACCAGGAACUUGGAAGUAACAGCCCUCCGCAGAGGAACUGGAAGGGAAUUGCUAUUGCGCUGCUGGUGAUUCUAGUUGUUUGUUCACUCAUCACUAUGUCUGUCAUUCUUUUAACACCAGAUGAGUUUGCAAAUUCUUCUGAAACCAGAUUGUCUUUGGAAGAUCUCUUCAGAAAGGAGUUCAUAGUUCAUAAUCCAGAAGCCAAAUGGAUUAAUGAUACAGCAGUGGUGUAUAAAGAUAGGAAUGGACAUGUUAUUGAACUGAAUGUAGAAACAAAUACCACUACAUUAUUACUGGAAAACACAACUUUUGUAACUUUCAAAGCAUCGAGAUACUCAGUUUCACCAGACUUAAGAUUUGUUCUUCUUGCAUACGAUGUAAAACAGGUUUUUCAUUAUUCUUAUACAGCUUCAUACGUGAUUUACAACAUUCACACACGGGAAGUUUGGGAGUUAAACCCUCCAGAAGUAGAGGAUUCAGUAUUACAGUAUGCGGCAUGGGGUGUCCAAGGGCAGCAACUGAUUUAUAUUUUUGAAAAUAACAUCUACUACCAGCCUGAUGUAAAGAGCAGCUCAUUGCGCCUGACAUCUUCGGGAAAAGAAGGAAUUAUUUUUAAUGGAAUUGCAGACUGGUUAUAUGAAGAGGAACUUCUCCAUUCUCAUAUUGCCCACUGGUGGUCUCCAGAUGGUGAAAGAUUGGCAUUCCUGACCAUAAAUGACUCCCUGGUUCCUAGCAUGGUUAUUCCCCGAUUUACUGGAGGCCUAUAUCCAAAAGCAAAGCAGUAUCCAUACCCUAAGGCAGGUCAAACAAACCCAACAGUAAAGCUGUUUGUAGUUAAUCUGUACGGACCAGCGCAUACACUGGAACUGAUGCCACCUGACAGCUUUAAAUCAAGGGAAUACUACGUCACCAUGGUGAACUGGGUAAGCAACACCAAGGCUGUGGUGAGAUGGUUAAAUAGACCCCAGAAUAUCUCCAUCCUUACAGUCUGUGAAACAACGACUGGCGCUUGCAGCAGGAAAUAUGAAAUGCAGUCAGAACUUUGGGUUCCUAAACAGAAUGAAGAACCUGUUUUCUCCAGGGAUGGCACUAAGUUCUUCAUGACUGUCCCUGUGAAACAAGGAGGCCGGGGUGAAUUUCACCACAUAGCCAUGUUUAUUGUUCAGGCUAAAAGUGAGCAGAUCACUGUGAGACACCUGACAUCGGGAAACUGGGAAGUUAUCAGAAUACUGGCAUAUGAUGAAAAUACUCAAAACAUUUAUUUCUUAAGCACUGAAGAGUCCCCAAGAGGAAGACAGCUGCAUAGUGUGUCAACAGUGGGAUCAUUGAAUCGACAGUGCCUCUCAUGUAACUUCUUGAAAGACCAGUGCACAUACUUCAGUGCAAAAUUUAGCCCCAGGAACAGGCAUUUUUUACUGCACUGUGAAGGGCCAGGUGUUCCAGUUGUUAGCGUGCACAGUACCAGUGACACUGGAAAGUUUUAUAUUUUGGAAAACAAUGCUGUGUUGAAGGAAGCUGUUUUUAAGAAAAAGAAUUCCAGGACUGAAAUUAAAAUGCUUCACAUUGAGGAUUACGAACUCCCUUUACAGUUGUCACUACCAAAAGAUUUCACGGAUCGGAACCAGUAUGCCCUUCUGCUAAUGAUUGAUGAAGCUCCAGGCAGCCAGUUGGUUACAGAUAAAUUUCGCAUUGACUGGGACUCAGUGCUUGUCAACUCUGAUAAUGUCAUCAUAGCUCGAUUUGAUGGCAGAGGGAGUGGAUUUCAAGGCCUCAAGAUCCUACAGGAGGUGCACCGAUGCUUAGGAUCAGUGGAAGUGAAGGACCAAAUAGCAGCUGUAGAAUCAUUAUUGAAACAGCCCUUCAUUGAUCCUAAGAGACUGAGUAUAUUUGGAAAGGGGUAUGGUGGCUACAUUGCAUCAAUGAUUCUGAAAUCUAGCGAGCGGCUUUUUAAAUGUGGAGCUGUGGUGGCACCAAUUACAGACAUGAAGCUAUACGCAUCAGCUUUUUCAGAAAGAUACCUUGGUAUUCCAUCAAAAGAGGAAAAUGCCUAUCAGGCAUCCAGUGUAUUACACAAUCUUCAUGGUUUAAAAGAAGCAAAUAUGCUAAUAGUUCAUGGGACUGCAGACACUAAAGUCCACUUCCAGCAUUCAGCAGAACUAAUUAAGCAUCUAAUAAAAGCUGGAGUUAAUUACACUAUGCAGAUCUACCCAGAUGAAGGUCAUAACAUUGCUUCUGAGAAAAGCAAAUAUCACCUUUACAGCACAAUCCUUGGGUUUUUUAGUGCUUGUUUAAAGGAGGAGACACUGAUUUUACCACAGGAACCUGAAGAGGAUGAAUAAGGAAGCCUAUUUGUGUAGUACUGAAGGGGACUUACUUUGCGGCUCAAUAAAACCUUAAAGUGACUGUGAGAUUGCAGAUUCUGCAGAAGCUCAAGGGCAGCUAAAGGAUAUCACAGUGGAACAGCACACUUACAGACAAUGAGCUAAUAAACUGGAAUUCGACUACAAAGUCCAGACACAUUACCAAGGGACAAAACCUUUACCUUUGUGGAAGGUCAACAGUUGGUUACAGUUUCCUGGAAGAACAUAGUUUUGCAUAAGUGUAGGGUUAGUGCAUGUUUGUUAUGUUAAGCCUCACUGUUGGUUCUGAAAGUGGUUGCUUGUUUUUCGUUUAAAUGCACAUCUUUAUUCAUCUUUGUAUAAUGCACAACCUAUCGUAAGUAUUAUGGCCACUAAUAUUUUAAAAGGUAAGCUGCAAUCUAACACUUCACUGUAAUGUUACAAUAAGUGCAAUUCUUCUGCUGUCUAUUACCCAUAAGAAACCACAAAGAUAAUAAAGGGCACGAUAUUUUCUCUAGUUUCUGCUCCAAGGGGAUAUACUGUCUAUUGCAUCAUGUACACUGAUAUUGAAAAUGAUUUUUUUUUUUUCAAUUUCGACAUUUACUAUUAUUACUAUACCCAUUAGUAACCACUGAGGAAUUACUUGGUAGUGUAUCCUUGGUCUUUAUGUGUAUACUCAAGACUCCCUAAGCAGAAAAUGUUUCUGAGCUUGAAGAAUUUUUUUGAGACACAGUUAACAGCUGUAUUUAGAACAACAUCUGCAAUUGAAAUCCUUCCCCAGUCCAAAAUGUAUCCAUUGUUUCGUCGAAGUAUACUUGAGUUGUGUUUCGGUAUUGUUUAUAGUAGUUACUAGUUUUGCUGGUUACAUUCUAAUUUUAGAAUAUGCUACUCUGUCACCUGUAAAUUAGAUACAUAAAUAUUAUAGUUUCAGAUAAAGAAAAUUUAUUUAGAAUGUAUAAUGCCAUUGAGUAAUAAUUUACUCUUCAAAUGAAAAAUUAUUUUGUAUAGUGCACGUUCCUUUCUUCCAUCUGGUCUCAGAUUUAGAUCUGAAGUUCCUCGAGGUGGCCACCUAGCUAGAAUACUCCAUACAUUCUUAUUGCAGGGCUACGUCUCUUGCAUCCGGAUUUAGAUUCUGCAGCAUCUCAAAGAAAUGAAAUGUUUUUCAUUCAAGGCAAAGGAAGAUCUGACAAGCGAAGUUAUAUUUGUUCAGAAGGUGAGCCCCCCCAUACAUCCAUUUAUUUGCCAAGGUGAGUUCCAGCAGUAGAAAAUGGAUCUAUGAAAUAGGCAAGACAGCCAGUUUGGAUUUGCAAAACAUUACUUCCAAUCACUGAAAUCAAGUGCAGUGUUAUCUUAAUUUGAGGUAUCUUUGUGAAAGUGUGUGAAAACUCCUGACGGAUGCUGUGCAGCGUAACUGAGAAUAGCUAAAAUUUCUUUCUGGAUAUGCUCCAGGUGCUUUUCUACCAAAUUAAGGUUUAAUUUUUUAUGAAAUUAGAAAGCAAAUAAUUUCUGGAAUGUAAUUUAUAGAAUUUAAGUUGCAAAGUUCUGCAUAUUUUAUGAAAAAAUAGGGAUUAUUUUUAACAUAAUCAAAAAUCACCUGAAGCUUUCUGCUUGUUUUUUUUUUUUCUUCUUUUUUUUUCUUUUUUUUUUUUUUUCUUUUUUUCCUUCUGGAGUAUUUUCUUCAACUUAGCAUUUUUUAUGAUGUAAAUAAUUAAUUUGACUGAAAGGUAUGGUUUUAUGGUGCCCUGAAAAGUCUCCGUCUUUUAAUGUUUAGUAUUUAUCUUGCUUUAUUAGUUACGUUUAUCUGUUUUUAAUAUGCAAGGACAACUUGUCUGGAGCCUGGUGUCACUGCAUAGAGUGGCUUUGCUUUGUACACAGUACAUGUGUCAAGUAUUAUGAUAAGGCCAUAAAAAAAAAGAAGAGUUUUUUAAGAUGAAGUUUUGCAAGUCUUGUUUUUUACUAGCUGAGCAACUUUUUAACAUCUUGUAUUGACUGAGACUUCUAGAUUGUGAUUUUCUGAAUUACACACUGUACUUUAUAAAUCCACUUGACAAUACCGAUGAUUUUCGUAACCAAGCACUGUAGAGGAGGUCUUAAUCCAGUGGAACACCAUGGGAUGUUUUUCCCAAUUGCAGCUAAAUGUACACUAAGGAGCACAGCCGAUGUGCACGUGUUGAGCAUGCGGCAUGCCCUGUCAAUACUAACGUACAUUGGCUGCUGCCCUGAGACACCCAGCGUGCGUUCAGAUUUACUGCAUUUCACGCCUAUCACCUUUAGUUGUCUGCAAAAGCAAACAAACAAGGUUUGUAUCUCAGCAAUAAGGUUAUGUAUGUGCUCAGGAAGCAUUUUAUCUUGGACCUGUGCCUUUGGCAGUAUGUUCCUUACCUCUGAGCACACAUUCUAUCUUCAUUUUCCCCCCACACACCUUUCUGUUUCAGGCCACCGCUCCCUGUUCUUUCUGUACCAUCAUCUCAUCUCCCAUUUUAAUCAAUUGAGUUUAAUAUGAAGAUGGCAUGAAGAUUUGACUUCUGUAGGAAUGCUUUUGCCAGGAUUACUAGUGUGCUUAAACUGUGUGUGUUAUCUGAAAUGUGGGUUAUCUGUAUGGAAGCGUAAUCUGCUUUUUAAUUUGUUGUCCUGCAAAUACUGAUAUUUUUAUAUAAAGAUAUGUAUACAAAGGCAAGCAUCACAACUAUAUUGUUUUUUGUGAGACUUUUUAGUGUGAGUUAAAUGCAGAUACUGCAAAAAGAUUUGCAGACGCAGCCUCUGAUUCGAGCUAAAGGAUUUGAUGCAAGAGGAGGUGCACAGCUAUUAUUACUCUUGCUAACUAGUUCAGGUAUUUCAUUCAGUUCCAGCACAAUUAUGGUUAUCUGGCAGAUUCUACAUACGUAGCAAGUGGCAGUCGCUCGUUAAUUAGUCUGUUAUCAAUAGUAUUGAUUGGGACAUACAGCACAGAAAUACCAUGUAAAGCGUAGAUUUUUCUGUUCCUUCACCCACUGUUAAGCACUGUAAUACUGUUUUAGGACUGAAAAGGUACUCUUUGAUUCAGCUGUCCUUACUCUGUGACAUUUACUAGACUAGACCUAGUAAUUUAUGGAAACCUAGAGAAUCAGCACAUCUCUUUAUUGCUUGCUAGAGCUUAUCUGACAUCCUUGACUUUUGUGUUCUUUUUCUGCUGUUAGGACUUGCAAAAUCUAUUAAAACUGUAGUCAUAUUGAAGCUUCGGUUAUAUUGCAAAAUCAGUUGUACCUGUACAUUAGUUGGAAUAUAUUUCCCAGGUUGUUGAGUAUAAAAAAAAAAAAAAAAAAAAAAAAAAAGGCUGGUUACUUUUACUUCUAAAUUCAGUGUUUUAAUCUUUUAGCAGAGGUAUUUAUGAGUUAGUUUGAUGAAUAUUUACUGUGGUUUCCUGUAACCAACUGCUUGUUAUUCCUGUGCUUCUGACAUAUGUAGAUCCACCCAUGUCUGAAAAUGAAGGUGAUAACCUCUGUUCUCUCAGUUCUGGCACUUAUUUCAAGUGUGGAGUCAGAUUUAUUUAGUUGAGAAAUUGUGCUUUUCAAGACAGAAGAGCUAGUAUUUGAUCUGAAGCCAAAGAUUCUCCAUGGAAAUUCUGGAAUUUUGAGUGUUGGCUCCUGUAAUAAAAUGCAAGGGACGCAAGGUGUGACCUAGUAUUCCUCCUUACAGUUCUAUUAGAUGUCACUGAAGAAACUGGAGCAAAGAGAAGGCUGGCCCAGAGAGACUGAACACAGGUUCCUUUUGAACAGCCUUAAAACACAUAGGUAAGAUUCAGGGCUCUGAGCAUUUUUUUGUUUACCUCGGGUAAGUUCUGUUGCCUCUGGGAAGGAAGAACCUCACUGCUAGUGAUUACUGGUGCAUCUGUUGCAAAGCAUCCUUCAGCACUAUUAAGAUCACUCUUCUUUUCCCUUUGAAUGAUUUCAAAAGUGCUUCUGACAAUUGGGAGCUCAUGGGAUGUGGCAGCUUCCAAGGUAUCUGGAUCUUUGAAAAGAAAAGGAAGAGGUAAAAAGGAGGUAGGUGGAUUGCAGAUGGUGGUCAUUGACUCACCAGGGUGUAACACAGGUGCUUCCUACACUGCUCGCAAAAUUCUGCAAUGGUAAGUAAAAUAAAUAUCUGUUUUCUAAAAGGAAAUUGACACCAGAAAAUUAUGGUGCUGUUAGAUCUAUUUGGCUCUUUGGAUAGAAUUAAGGAAAUUUAAACCACAUGAGUAUAAGAGAUCCAGAGUUUCCAUUUAAGUUGUAACUAGACUUCCUGCCUGUGUAAUUAGUUUAGAAAUCCAAUAUCCUACCUUUUCAUAAAUCUAACUCAACUACAACAAAAUUGAUUUUGUAAUGACUAUACCCCAUGAGGACAUGAAUGAUACAUUCAUACAAUCCUUCUUAAUUACAAUAUCCCAUGAAGUGCUAACAGCCCUGCUUUAGAUUUCGUGACCGCAGAAAACCAAAAAAUGUAAUGAAAAAGAAAAGUUUCUUAUCAAUAAAACCCGCAGAGGGAUUGUGACUGAGGAAAAUGCUCAGGAAGUAUUUCCCCGAGGAAAGCGAUUAGAAGAAUGUGUUUUGAUAAAAUGUAUUUUGUGUAUUAAGUUCCAAGUACAGCCGUCUGGUUAGAUGCUGAUCUCUGUCUGUUGUCCAGAGGACUUAGAAAGAUGGAAAGUACAGCUAGUCCUGUCCUAUACCCAGCGCUGAGCCUUUCUCUAAAGGACCUAUUUCUUUUCCUGGCACAUACAAAGAAAGAAGUAGUACACGAUUUCUUAUGGACUUUUAGUCCUGCAUUUAACUUUUAUUUCUAUCCUACAUUUCUGAUAUAUUUAACAAUUCCUAUUUUAUGACUAAUUCCAUGCUUCAAAUAGGCAGUUGCCGUGAAAUAUUUUCUUCUGAAACAUAUUGCAAAUUGUUACAUUUAAAACUAUUUACAUUGUCAAGCUAACUGUUCUUCCUUUUUAGGUAUCCUAUGCACUACAUUUUGUAGGCUAAUGGAUUGAUUUUUUUUUUUUAUAUUGGAAUAGAAAUUGUGCAGAGGAGCUUAUCUGCUUCUGUAAGAGUUGCUUGUAAAAGCGCAAUGGCAAUGAAUGCUAGCAGUAUAUUUGAAGGGGUUUUGCAGCUCAUUGUAUGAGAAAUCUACGUUACCCCAGGGAAGCCGAGGACCACGACUGAAACAACAAGAUCAUUUGGCGGUGUAAUCAGAAUUAAGCAAGACAAAAGAAAAAGCAGCGUGGAAAAUUGAUUUAAGCAGAACUUUCAGGCUUAAAAGGAGCAUGUGGCAGAGUGCAUCAAAUGUUAUCACUUCAUUUUAUACUUCAGUUUUGGGUUCAGUAACUUGUUUCUGAGCUGGAGGCAAGACAGGGUUUUUUGGUUUUUUUUGCAGCAAGGAUCACUGUUCAGAAAGCCUCUGUGACAAUCACUGGGUUUUCUUGACCGAAAAAAAGCGUUGAAGCCCAGAACAUAAAGUAAGAGCUCAACAAUGACAAAAUGGGAGAGCAUGUGAUUCAGCUAAUUAGAAUAAGCGGCUCAUUACUUCACAGAGACCUCGUCACAGCAGGGAAACAGAGCAGGAUGCUAUUUACCUUGAGUGGAAAAAGUAAACUGUGGCUCACAAGCAGCAUUAGGAGGAGACUCUUCCCUGUCUUAAUAACGUGUAAUAAGAAUAGCAUGAGAAUGUUUACUUCCUUUGGUAUGUCAGCGAUUAUUUGCUAAUUAUAGCACAAACUAAAAUUGUGGGGCUGUGCAACUGCACAACAGAGCAUCUGACAAGAAAACAGCAUCAGUCUUCUGCAAAUGGUCAGUUUUCUUUUGCAUGGCAAAGAUAAGGAAAAGGCAAAAAGCACCCAGCCUGGGGAGCAGCACCACAAAAGCCUCUUUGGGAAAGUGAGGAGAGGAAAGGAGCUGCGUGUUUGAAGGAGAGCCUGUCUCUGCUUACCCUCUGUUUGGAACAGGAAGCUCUAAAGGGAAGGGUUUGGGAUGGUACCUGUGGCUGAAGCUGGCUCCCAGGUGUUCUCUCACACCUCCUUGGGGCUGUUGAUAGUGUGGGUGAUGGAAAAGGCUGAAGUGGGUCCAAGGAUGUGUUUGGUUGGCUUUGUGGUGUCUUGUGCAAGUCUUUCAUUCACCGUGCUGGGAAGGAAAUUACAUGUGCUUGGCCUGGGUUAGUGCUAAGGUGGUAAUGGGUUCAUGAAUUGACUAGGUGAUCUUAGCGGUCUUUCCAACUGCAACGAUUCUACGAUUCUUUGCCUUGCAUUGGGAACCAGCCAGAAGCUGAGCACUCCGAGACGGUGUAUCUAAGCAUUAAUCAGGUAUGUUGUUUUUUUUCUUCAUUCUUAGUGGAAUCUGAUGUUUUCAAAACUUUUGUGUUUUAUCCAAGCCUCUAAGAUACGUCACAACUUUAUGUACAUCUUAAUAGUUUUACAUUUUAAUUGGAUUGGUGUGUGUGUGAAAGCAAGCAGUAGCAAUUUAAAAUGCAACAGGCAGGGUUGUGUGACUGCAACUGCGCCCCAAAGUGCACUAAGAAAUCUCUGUAAAGUAGAAGAAUAAGGUUUCUGUUAAGGGUUGUUUUCCUAUCACAUUCAGCUUCCUUCUGUAGGCAUGGACAAUUGAGUGAUGCCAGCAGAUUUGUCUCUAUAAGUAACGCCUUCCUGCUUAUAUAGCACUUUUCUUCCCUGCCACAGCUUAUUGCUUUUUUUCUUAAUUGAAUUUGUAAAUCUUCUGGGAUGGUUUCACACAAACACCCGGUGUUACCGUGCCUCACUUUGAAUGGGGCUGUGCGUAUUACUGAGGUGCAUACUAAUAGCAAACGUAAAUGUGAGAUAGCCCUGAAGGGUAAUGAUGUCCUGUGUGUUUAUGCAAAGGGUGACAAAUACUCUACGUAUAUUCCAGUAUUCGAUGACACUCAUUGAUUUUUAGUGUCUUCAGGGAGUGCAAAUUGUGAAUUUAUUUUGGGAGUUUUGUGGAAUUGCAAAUCUCAGCAGUUAUCCUGCAGUUUGGUUGUAUAUGUCCCGCGUGAGGUUCUCACUGCAGUGAUACAAAGAGUCCUUGGAUCCUAUUGGCAGGGACUCAUCUUUGUCAAUGGCUUGAUACUGGAUAGGCUGAGCCUUCCUUGGGUCUUGCAGCAACAGAUUUGGAGUAUGUGCCAUAUCUAGCCUCACAGCUCUUGAAGGAUGGAAAGUAAAAACAAUCUCAACCUCUUCUGGCAAUUCAAUUUAUUACAAUUUUGAUGAAUAAGUAAUAGAGUCAGCUUGAGAACAUAAAAAUAAUUGAGUGAUACGCAUCCACUUUUUCGGCCAAGAAGUUUUUAAAUCCAUCUGCAGAGCUAACUUUGUCAAUAGAUGUGUUUCAGCAUACACCAGUCUUUGUUCUUCUGUGACUGCCAUAGUGUGAGUAUGGCACCUGGGAAGGUAAAAGAGCACACCUCAGAAAUGCUGUUACAGAAAAAGCUUCUGUAUAGUAGUGGUGCAGCUGCUGAUUAUGGAUGCUGCACUGCAUUUGCAUUUUGUCCCAAUUAACCUGCCACCUUCUCUAAAUGAAGCUUGUACAAAUGUUUCCAUGCACGACUACCAAAUGUCUCUGCAGCUCAGUGCACUCAACAGAGAGUUGUCUGUUUUAUGUCUUCUUUGUUAAGGCACUAAAUUGAUUAUUUAUACAUUAUUAGAGCAAGUGCAUCAAUUUAAUGCUAUAAUAAAAUUGCAGUUGAAUGUAUUUUAAGAUGUGCUAAGUGAAAAAAUGUAUAUAGUUGGAUGUUGUUGAAUUGUAGCAAUGUGAACCGGGCAGAGAGCAAAAAAUAGAAGCUGCUCGAGACAUGUAAUGACUGUGUUAACAUUCCUGAUAGUAAAUUACAAGGUAAUUUAGGGGAAAAAAAAUACAGCAACAAAAGUGGUUUAAGCAGUUCUAAUAAUGUCAUGAAAGUGAAAAAAACACAUCCAAAUGGAGGAUGGGUACAUCUCAGACUAUCUAAGUAAAUUGGUUACUCAGACUAUCAAUGUCUCUUUAUGCAUCUCUAACUAUAUAGUAUAAUAGGGGAAUUGGCACAUGUAACUGUUCAAAGUGAUGCAGAGAAUUCUAAACUCCACUGGGCAACGAAGGAAUGUAUCUACACGAUUGCAGGCACCACGGAUACAAAAUCUAUUAACAGGGCUGAGGAAAACAAACAAACAAAAAAAACCAACAAGGAAUUAGUUGUUGUUUUUCCACAGUUGCUGCUCUGUAAGAAAUUCGUGUUGUAGCUAAAUUACUGGAAAGGAAAUUAUGAAGUGGAAGGUUGUACUUAGUAGUGCAUUAAUAAGAACUAACAGUAGAAUUUGUUGGAUGAUCACCUAGUGAGGCUUAUCAGUGAGGAGCCAGAGAGCUGGUGAUCUAGUUCUGCUAUGGUGUUGCAGUGCCUCUGGAUGAAAAGAUGACCGUGCUUCCAUGUGAUAUUGUCUGCUGCAUUUGAAUGUGCUUGCUCUGUGUCUUGGUUCUCCAGAGAACUCUGGGAAUUGGGUGUAGAAGACACGACUUGUUCAGAGGCAGUGAAAUUGGAAAGGUAUCUUUUAUUUUGAAGUACUACACCUCUCUUCGGGUAAAGGGCAAAAACCUGGGAAGUGAGACUUCUGAAGAAGGAGUGUAUCAACAUCUGUGCUGUAUUUCUUUCCAAGGGAACAAGACUGUGAACGCUAAGUUUUAGAAAAGGUUUUAUUUAUUAGCCGUGCCAUUUAUGUCCAACUGUUGCACUGAGGAAAUACCUGUACUAAACACAAGCUUGUAGACAGAAGGUAAGUUAUGCUGGAUUUGAGAGACGGAUUCCAAAUCCUGUCUUUAUACAUGAAUGAAAAGGUCAAGUGGCCGGACACCUGGUACACAAAUAAGUCAUCCAGGCCUGUUAGUCACUGGGCUUUCAAAUGGCAAUCUGUUGAAAGGCUGCAAGAAGAGCAGCAAAUUAACAUGAGUCAAUGGCACCAUUCAGUGCUGUCAGAACUUGAGUCUACAGUGUGGGUACCCAAAGAUCUUGAUCUCUGGAUUAAAGCUGAAGCCUGGGAUAAGGGGGCUCCAAUGCAUUAAGUACGCUAGAAGAAGAUCUGCAAGCCAAGGAGUCUUCUUUGAAAUGUAGUGUUGUUUGUCUGCCAAAAAAAAAAACACCCAAAAAACAAAAAAAAACACCCUUAUUUCUCCAUGGAUGACAGUAGUGAUAGUCCUUCUGGGGGAAAUAACCCUGUGCCGAGUUCAAGAUGCCAUAGUUUUACACACUGUUCAUAAAUUUCCCUUUUACCCAAAGCACUCUUAUUUUAAUCCUCGUUUCUUUCUUGUACGUAAAAUGUGCAUAACACUCCCCUGUUGUUUGCUCCUUUUUUUUUUUUGCCACGAGUAUUUUCAUUUUGCAGCUUUGCAGCACUCUCACCUCUUGCUAAAUAGCUGAGAAAAUGCUUAGGAGUUGUUAAUUCCACCCACCUCCCUACCACUGCCCCUUCCCAGUUUACUCCCUCUAUUUUAAUUGAUUUGAUAUUUGCAUUUUUGUUUACUGUGCAUCCUCCUUCUUUUCAGGCAGAUGAAGCUGUUACGUUUAUGGGGGAAAGCAUUUUCACAAAGUUUUUCAAAAGAACGUGAUUAAAUGGAACUUCUCAUUCCCUCCACAUGAAUGAAAUCAUGCUUUAUUAUACAUCUCAGAAUGCCUAUAACAUCAGACCAAAAUUCUGCUGGAGGUGAUAAAUAGCAAAAACUAUUUUUUAUGGCAAAGUGUAGUACCCAAAGAAAAAUAUCCAGAGAAUUGGCCUGUUCUGCUCCUCCUCUUCCCUCCUGCACAUACUCUCUCCCUUUGUCCUUUAUAAACAGAACUCCUUAACCUGUUACAAUGCAAAGAGUAUGUAACAGAAAGGUGCGUGGUGAGUAAUUUGGAAAAGAGAGAAUCUGAUAAUUUUGUGGGUUUUUUUUCUUCAGCAAUUAGUUUAGAAAAAAAAAGCCAACAGAACUCAGAAAGCAUUAAUGUUAACGCUUCUCAAUAUGAUUGCACUCAAAGCACAUUCAAGCAGAAAUUAUCUCUUCCUCACUGAUUGCCUUGACAGCUUGGCAAUUGCAUUUCUUCAUGUUAAUAACAGCUAGGUCUCCUUUUUGAGUCUCUUUUUCAGCAAGACAGCAAACCUUAUAGAAGUAAUAGGAGAUACAUGCAAAUCCUUGUCCUCCCACUCCUCUGUUAACCUCACUGAGCAUUGUGCCCACGUGUUCCGCUGGGAUGGUCAGCAGCAGCCCAGGUCCGUGCUGGUGGUUCAAGCAUGAGUCCUGCUACACGGUGCUAUAGGAAGUCUUGUAGCAACUCUAGGGAUAAAUGAGCCCUGUGCAGUCAGUGAGUUUCUUUCACCUUCAGUGGAUUUAGAUCAGGCUUGUCCUGCUCUAAAAAAAAAAAUAAUCUACCUGCUAUAUGUUUUUUCUCAGAGUCUGAAUGUGCUAGAGGCGGCAGAGGUUUGGGAUUUUAGUGUGCUGCACUUGAGUGGAGCUUGGGCAAACUCAGAUGGGGACUUUGGAUGUUGAUGGGCACUAUAUUCUCUCUCACUGCAAAUGCUUGAUGUGGGAUCAUAGUUUCUGAUGUGGCUCAUUCUCACUUUGGAAUGGGGGAGAUCUCUUCUGCUGUGUGCUAGGCGUGCUCUUUCUGCUGGAGUGGGAAUACAAGUCUCAUUUACCUAAUUGCAAAUAACCUCUCUGUAGUUAAAUGGUGAGGGUUCAAGCCUACAUUUGAAACAGACUGUCCAGGGAGGUGGUGGAGUCACCAUCCGUGGAGGUGUUCAACAACCGUGGAGAUGUGUCACUGAGAGACAUGGCUAUUGGACUUGGAGGGGAUGAGUUGGGGUUGCAGUUGGACUUGGGGAUCUUUAACGGUCUUUUCCAACCUUAAUGAUUCUGUGAUUCUAUGACAAAGGUACUGUAUCCUGUGAAUUGGAAAACAGAGCUCAGCUUGGAAGAGCGGAGAGCUUACAGUAUGUACUUGUGAGUAUGUCGCAUUUAUUUUUGACAUUUUACAUCAUAAAGCACUGAGAACCUUACCACUAGGACUUCUGUUUGCCAGCCUACAAAACAAAGCAUGGACAUUCAGUGCUGUUAAAAAGUUCACCCAUAAAUAAAUAAAUAAAUAAAUAAAUAAAUAAAUAAAUAAGAGUAAUUUAUUUACCUUAAGUACUUAGGGGUAUGUAAAUUCACCAGAGCUACUUAAGCUGUACUUACAGUGUUUUUGUUCGGACCAGGGCAAAGGGAUCAAGCAAAAUAAGCCGUCAGUACUCUAUGCAUGAUUAAAUAAUUAUUUGUAUUGAUUCUAGAACAUUUAUUUUCAGCAGAAGUGUGGUGCGUUACCGCUGCUGAUUGCACUCUGUUUUAUCAAGGUGUGGGAAUAAGAAGCCUGCAAAGUAUACUGCUGUCUUGCUGUUCACACUGUUCGUGCUGUCUUGGAUGGCUGGUGAAACUGGGGUGUGGGGUAGGCGUGAAACACACUGGGGUUUUCUCCUGAUUGAUGGCCUUUCUCACUAGCGCUGUGUGGAGCAGCAAAUGUCUGGCAGGAGAUGAGAAAGAACAAUAAACAGAUAUCACGGAAAGUAAGUAACCCAGAAAAUAAGGUUUCUGGGCAAAAUAUUCUUUGCCUUCAGUGUCUGCAGCAUUUCAUCCAGUGUCUUUCAUGGCUACUCUUUUUUUUAAUGUCUUGUUUUGAAAAUAUACCGUAGGGUCGCUGGGAUGGAAAAGUAACUGCCUAAUUUCUUCUCUUCUUCCUACUGUUGUCUCCCUCCCUACUCCUGUUUACUAGUGAGAAGCACGUUCCUUUUUGUUUCACAUUACUAUCCUGAUGGGGCAGGUAGGUUGUGGUUAACUCUAUCAAAUAGCUUUGAUUUUCCAUUUCUACCCCCCUCUAAAUGUAGCUCUUGCAGGUGGGACGUGACCAGGAGGAAUAAUCAGGACUGUGAAUGCCUAAAUGCUGCCAAAAAAGGGCCUGCUCUCUUCUCAUUACCCAUGGUAGAUGGGACUUUUAAUUGGCAUCUCCAAUGCUGCACACUUCCAAAAGUCUCACAGGCUGUUUAAAUGAAUUCAUUUCAAUUACACUGCAAUGUAAAAAGAGAUUUUUGGCUCUAAUCAGCUACUGUUUUUAAGCAGAUUUGCUGGGAACAAAAUAUCUCCCUCUUUUGCACAUAUAGGGUUGCUGGCACCUACCUGGUGUGAAAAGACAUGGGACAUCAGGAGAUGAGACUUCACCGAAGGGGAUAUCUGCUGUCUGUGAUAUACUGGGCAUGUGGCUGCUUUUGUGCUUCAAAUCUCUAAUUUUAAAAGAGGAUUCUUACAUUGAAGAGCUGUAAUCUGCGGUGAAAUGCUUGGGCUUCAAAAUCCGCUCCUAUCCUUAAAUGGCAGCUAAGGGUGCCUCAAGAGCCAGUUUGCCCAGUGCUCGACUUAGGAACUUGUAUCUGGCAUCGAUUCCUGUAAGUAUAAGCAGGUGAUGAAUCUGAAAAUGCCUGCCAGAACUGGAAAGUGAGCACGCUAGAGGCAACCGAACCUCAGGCAGACAAGGUGGAUGUAGUAACAAACAAACUCCUGGUUUCCUCUGUAGAGUCAUCCCCAGAGGCUCGCAUCUCAGACUGUAUCCAGUGAGAAGAGCAUAAAACAGUAAAUAAGAAGCGUCUGUUGCAAUAUUCAACACUAGUUUCGGUGGAAGAUGCUGCUGUCAAAGGGAAAAGCUCAAGGACUGACAAAACUAUCCCUCAGGACACUGUGUCAGAGAUGUAGAAUGAAGCAUCUAUGCUUUGGGAUUCGUCUGUAAGGCCCAGGAGACCGCCACAGCUCUGUUACGGAGACCGGUGUCAGGUAAAGUGUUGGCACACAGGGCUGCGAGUGUUCCUGAAGCACGGGCUAUUUCCAACAGGAUAAAUCUCCUCCUAUGAUGUGAAGUCACCAUACUGCGCGUCGACUCAAGGAGAAUCAGGCAAACCACCGCUGAUAGCACUUCAUUCCCCUAUGGUACAAAAGUCUCUUGUUCCUAGUUCUCACACUCCAGAAGAUUAUCAUUAAAAUGCAGCACAUCAUCCUCUAAAUCUGUAAUUGAAAAAACUUUUGACGCUCUGAUAGGCAACGAAAUCUGAGGAGAACUGGCAAAACGUGGAGGGGAAAAUAUAAAAGGACUAGAAGACUGAGGAAACUAUGGGUGUGCUAUUGUGCUUCUACAAUAAAAGAACUACAACGUGAGUGACACUGUAGAAGUCAAAAACAGCAAACACAGUAUCUGCAUUUAGGAAGAAGGAUGAGUAAGGAAUCGUAGAAUCAUUAAGGCUCAAGUCAGAUCAUCUAGUCCAACCAUCAACCCACCACCAUCACAUUACUAAAUCAUGUCACUCAGUGUGACAUUACACUUUUCUUGAACACCUGCAGGGACAGUGACUCCACCACCUCCCUGGGCAGCCUGUUUCAAUGCUUCGCCAUCCUUUCUGAGAAGAAAUGUUUCUCAGUAUCCAACCUGAACCUCCCCUGGCUAAGCCUUAAGCCAUUACUUCUUGUUCUCUAGUUACCUGGGAGAAGAGGCCGAUCCCUGCAGUUGUGUUUGUCCUCGGUCUAUUAAUCUGACUUUGAUCCCUUAGUCUGAAAGAAUAAUUAAAAACAUGAAGGUAAAUGGCAAAUAGAAGAAAAGGCAAAAGAACUGGAUGGAAAGAGGUACAGUCAAAUGAACUUAAAUCUGUUUUUGUUACGUUAAUUGAAGGAAAUGCAGUAACUCGUCUGCAUCUGUAUUUCAUGGAGCAUUUUAUGUGAACCUAUAUGAUGGUUUAAAAUAACAUGCUGGAGAACAUGGAAAUUAGUUAAAAAAUAAAA